AUGCAGAAACGUGCGGAAUCGAAAGCUGCACCGGCGUUUCCGAGCCUUGCCGUCUGUGUCUGCAUCGCUAUUCAUGCAGGCCUCAUUACCUGGCUUAUGUAUCACCUCGCUGUUGAAGAGAUUACAGACUGCGACGGUCUAAACAGCGCAGAAGUGUCUGUGCUCACCAGUUUCAGUAAAAUUCGUAUCACUGAGUAUCCGUACGCGGAAUUAUUCCUCGAGACAUGGCCGUACGCCUGCGUGCUGGUGGCAUUUUGUCUCGUAGCAAACAUCUUCAACUUUCCAGGGAAAAUGCUUGUGCUGGACACAGUUUCCGUGCUUUUGAUCUGGCGCAUUAAUGGAUGGCAGUUUGCAAUCACUGUUAUCGUCAUUUCCAUAGCUUUCUCAGUCUUUGGUGCUUAUAUUGGAAGAAGUCCUUUAUUUGUGUUGAUUGUGGGAAUGCUAAUGCUGAGGAAUAUGAAACACGUUCUCAUCUUUUGUCUACCACAGGGGUUCGUGUCUCAAAUAUUUGUAGUGCCGAUGUCCGGUUCAGGCUUCAUCGUCAGUGUUGUUCGGUCCAUUAUUUUGGGCAUUGAACAUGCUCGAAUGAGGUCGGUCUCGCUGAGAGAUCUCCUCUGCAAUUCCAUCGGAUAUACCGUCAUGUCACCCAUCUGCAUGUCAGCUCCCUUUGUACUCUUCCAAGACUGGCUGAAGUGGAGAGAGGGCACAACUAAGUACGGCUUCGGAUCAAUUGACUUUAUAGGCCAAAUGUGUGGACCUGUUCGAAGAAUCUCUCGAGGUCUCAAUGUUCGCCAGUUGGAUGGCUUUCUCGUGUAUUUCAUCUCUUUUGUCAAUGUUGGCAAGUUCCACCUCUUCUAUGUACUGGCUUACGGCUACUGCAUGGUAGUCGGCGAUCUUCAACAGUUUGCGCUGUCUCCACUGUUUGAAAAGGAGACCUCACGAUUGGUUGUGGAAUCGCGAGACCAUCAGUCUGAAUUGUUGCUAAAAUCCACUCAGGAUUUAAGUUUUGUCGAAAAGCUUAUUUCUUCAGAGGUGACUAUUAAUGGUCUCAUGCCUGACCCUCCGUGUUGUCUACUGGGAACGCUGCAAAGCUCAGAAGUGUGGAGGUAA